UUGACGUAGAAUUCGUGCAGACGAACCCGGAUGUAACCAACGCCUAAUUGUCGGAGUCAGAAGAUGCAGACCAUAAAGUGUGUGGUUGUGGGGGAUGGUGCUGUGGGGAAGACCUGCCUACUGAUCUCCUAUACAACCAACAAGUUCCCCUCUGAAUAUGUGCCAACGGUGUUUGAUAACUACGCAGUCACAGUGAUGAUCGGUGGGGAGCCCUACACACUCGGCCUGUUCGACACUGCAGGACAGGAAGACUACGACAGGCUGCGGCCCCUCAGCUAUCCCCAGACGGACGUGUUCCUGGUCUGCUUCUCCGUCGUAUCGCCCUCCUCCUGUGAGAAUGUUCGGGAAAAGUGGGUCCCUGAGAUCUCCCACCACUGCCCCCGCACCCCCUUCCUGCUGGUGGGCACGCAGGUGGACCUGCGCGACGACAGCAACACGGUGGACAAGCUGGCCAAGAACAAACAGCGCCCCCUGCUGCCCGAGAGCGGCGACAAGCUGGCGCGGGAGCUCCGCGCGGUCAAGUAUGUGGAAUGCUCUGCCCUGACGCAGCGAGGCCUGAAGAAUGUGUUCGACGAGGCUAUCCUAGCUGCUCUGGAGCCCCCCGAGACCAAGCCCAAGAAGCGCUGCGCUCUGCUAUAGAGAGAGGAGAGGAGAAACGGAGAGAGAGAACGACCGGGCGGCUGGGGAACAGGGAGGGGAGGAGGGGAGGGUGCAAAAAAGAGGGGGCAAUUACUGCGAAAGGGAUGAGGGUUUAAUACCAUUACAACAAAAAACAAGCAAACAUAUCUGUACUCUGAGCAUGCGGUGAAUCCUGAGAGAGAGGUUUGUCAGUACUUGCCUAACAGCACAGUUCUCCUCAUGCAAGAGAACGAGGGAGAGCGAAGGAACGUCUCCCCUUUUUCUCUAGUAGUCCAUUUUUUUAAAAAUUAGUUUGUUUUAUUACCACGCCACAUAGAUGCUAUGAGGGACGGGUGUGGAAUUAUUUUGGUUUACUUCAUGACGCGAAUUGAAUGAACCAUAAUUACAGACUGUACGCAAGUUGGCAAGUGAUGUUUUUGGCUCCACCUGCUGGCUGAUCAUGGGAACUUCAAGUGCAUUUUUCUCUUGCAAUCUACUGCCACCGGUAGGGGGUACAGAGAACUGAAUUUUUUUUUCUUUUUGAUGUAUUAAUAUGUAUAUUAUAUUUUUUUUGUUUUGGGGAAAUUGUAGCGGUUAUUCGUUUUGAAACUUGAGUUUUUAUUAUUAUUUUUAUUAUUAUUUUAUGUUUUUUUGCUAGUAUGUGCGAGAACACCAUUUUGGUGGUGAAUUGUUCAUAACCAAAAUAUUAGUUAUUUAAAAUAACUGAUAAUAAUAAUAAUAAUAUUAAUAAUAAUAAGGAUCUGUUCUUAUAGAUUUUCUGGGUGUUUGUAAUCACAUAAUAUUUGUAAUAAAAAUGGUUUAACUGACAAGAAAUGGUGAUUGUUCACUUCAACACAAUUGUUUGGGAUAUCUGUGUGCAUCAGCUACAUGUGAAUAACACUAUUAAACAAAUACAGAAUCAUA